GGUAUUUUAAUUUUGAAUUUUUGAAAAUAUUUAAUUAACAAUAAUAAAAUCUUUCACUUUUAGCAACAGAAACAGAUGAUACGUAUGUCUUAAUAGCAGCGUGGAGAAGAACGAAUCCAAGUUAUAGUGUAGAGAGAAGAUUAGGAGAAUCUUAUUCCGAAGCAGCAGUUUCAAUUACAAUUACGUCUCUUACCAAUUUCCUUUCAUUUCUUAUUGGGAUUACGGCACCUUUUCCUGUAGUCAGAAUGUUUUGCAUUUAUGCUUCGGCAUGCAUUUUCUUUACGUAUAUAUUCCAGAUUACUUUUUUUGGAGGAUGUAUGGCAUUGAGUGGAUACAGAGAAAAAGAAAGGAUUCAUCCUUUUGUAUUUUGGAAAAUUUGUUAUAUUGAAGAAGACACGAAUAAACCAGUGGGAGAACUCGAUAAUACAGAGACAGAUUUUAUGAUGAAAUUCUUCAAAGAUAAAUUAGGAUCUAUUCUGAUAUUACCUCCUGUUAAAAUAAUAGUAAUGUUUCUGUUUAUAACUAAUUUCAUUAUUGGAAUUUGGGGUAUGACUUAUUUAGAAGAUGGAAUGGAUAUAGGACAUUUCUUAAAGUCAAAAUCGAUUGCAAGAGAUACAAUAUUAACAACUUUAAAUUACUUUUCACAAUAUCCAUACCCAUUACAAAUUGUAAUUAAUGAAACAUUAAAUUAUGCCGAUCCCGAAAUACAAGAAAAAGUAGAAGAUAUUUUAAGUAAAAUUGAAGAACAUUCUCAUACAUCUGAUCCUUUUCUAACAUUAUCAUGGUUAAAAUAUUAUAAAGAAUUUUCUAAUACUUCAAUAGCGAAAUUUUCAUUGGGUGGUUACGAUCUUACUAAUAAACAGGAAUUUAUCGAUGGUUUAAUUAAUGUAUUUCUACGUUUACCACCCGCUAGACAAUUCAAACAUGAUAUUCUUUUUAAUAAUAAUUAUACGGAAAUACUUGCCAGUCGUUUUAUUGUUGGAUGUAAAAAUAUGUAUAGUAGAAAAAUAGAAUUACAAUUAAUUCAGGAUUUACAGAAGAUAUGCGAUGAAUCAACUUUGUCUAUAUCAACACACAGUGUACUUUUUCCUCUUAUGGAACAUGAAUUGUUAAUAAGAGGAAUUGUUCUUCAGUUAGCGUGGGUUAUAGGAUUAUUAAUUAUAGUAAUAUUUUUCCUGUUUAUACCUAAUCUUAUAUGUGCCGUUUGUGUUGCCAUUGCUAUUAUUACUACAAUAUGCGAAACUGUUGGAUAUAUGGCAUUAUGGAAUGUAAAUUUAGAUAUGGUAUCAGUAAUUCUUUUAAUUCUUAGUGUAGGAUUUUCAAUAAAUUAUCCUACACACGUUUCAUUCGCUUUUGUAAUGGCCAAAAAUAAAAAUCCUAACGAACGACUCGUACAAUCUAUAUAUGAAGUGGGUUGGCCCAUUUUUCAAGGUUCUGUUUCAACUAUAUUGGGUGUUGUUGUAUUAGCAUUUCAAGAUGCACAUUCCUUCAAAUGCUUUUUUAAAAUAGUCGUUCUAACAGCUGUACUUACAGCUUUUCACGCUCUAUUUGUACUUCCUGUGAUAUUAAGUUUAAUUGGUAAUACAGUUAAUAAUAAUAAAAGUAAAAAGAAGAAAAAACAAACAUUUUAUAAUUGGUUUAUUAGAUAUAAAGAACAAUUUAAUAAGAAAAAUGAAGAAUCUGACGAUCGUAACGAAGAAUCAGAAGCUUUUUCAACCAGUCACUGACAAAGUAACAUCUUUAUAUAUAUAUAGACCUAUAUAACAUGAAAUUAUGUACUGUAUUUACUAAAAAAAAGAAUAUUUAAUAAGUAUUUUAUGAUAAAAUUCUAUCAAUUGAAUCAUAACAUGUACUUAUUUUUAACACGAAUAUAUUUGUUUAUAUAGCAAAGAAUAUUACCAA